GGUAACUUUUGCGAAUUCCAUCUCAUCACUGUUACCUUUGCGAAUACGGCGACAUUUUAUUCCAAUCGUGUUUGUCUAAUAGCAACGAACGGAUCAUGAUCGUUCUCCCUUACCGCGUGUGCCUUCUAGCAACAUUAGUAAAUUCUGCAUUAGCACUACUACCAUCUUACAUAAAACCAUGUAAAAAGUCAGACCCAAAUAUCAAUCAAUGUAUCACAAAUACUAUUGAGGGGUUGAGGCAUAGAUUAUCUACAGGGAUACCUGAACUUGAAGCACCUGCUAUUGAACCACUGGUGUUAGAACGCAUACGGUUACUACGAGGACCAGAAGGUGCCAGAUUAGAUGUUAACCUUACUGACAUUCAGGUGAGAGGUCCAUCGUCUUUCAAAAUUCGAGACCUUAAAGCCAAUCCAGAUGAUGUCGUCUUCAAGUUUAAAGUCUAUUUUGGACAGUUACAUUUCCAGGGUAAAUACCAAAUGGAUGCAAGACUUUUAUUAUUAAGACUCAGUGGAACUGGUGACGUAUCUGGAAAUUUAACCGGUUAUGAAUCUGAUGUAAUCUUAAAAGCAGAAAAAAUCUUCAGAGGUAACGAUAUUUACCUGAACUUUGAGAAAAUGAAACUAAGUAUUAAAAUUGGAAAGGCAACUGUGCACCUAAGUAAUCUUUUCGGUGGUGAUCCUAUUCUUGGACCUGCCAGCAAUCAAAUACUUAAUGCAAAUAGUGAUUUGCUGUUGGACGAAGUCCGACCUGUUCUGGAGAGUGCUCUAGCAGAUUUAUUCACGGAAGUUGCUAAUAAAGUUACGAGAUCUUUCACAUACAAAGAAUUAUUCCCGGAUGAUUAAAAAAUAUUUCAAGUUAUUGAGAAAUGAAAAAUAUUGGAGCUCUUUGAUGUUGAAACGACUUAGGCAUUAAUGGUCAUUAGUUACCACGAAUAUGAUCAAAUGUUGAAUUUUAUCAUGGUAAAAUUUCGUCUUUGGUAAGUGCUCCAAGAGCUCUUGCUGCUAAUGCUUUGCCAAUUGUAGCUGCUGUAUCUUCUACGAUGGGAUUCACAAUAUCCAAUCCUAGUCUUGGAUUCGAGUUGAAAAAGGCAACUGCCAAUUCCGCUGUCAAUCGAAAUAGACAAAAUCAUAUAUCAACUGAAUAAUAAUUGUAGAUGAUGUUCUUUUAUAUUCAUAGAUUUCUAAAUAAAUUCGAAUAAUAUUUUCAUAGUAAUGAAAAUUUUAGAAUCUGUAAAUAUAAUUGACAUCUUAAUGUAUUACGUAAUGUAUUAAAUAGUUAUUUCACCUGUAGCACGAGCUCCUUGAAAUCGUGAUGUUUUAAAUUUGAUAUUCCCAUCACCAACACGAAUUUUAGUCACUAAUUUAUCAAGUUCGACACGUCGAAUAUUGUUUUUAUCGAUAAUUUCUUUUCCUUCUGCACUCACUCGAACUUGUGUAUUUGCUAAAUAAAAAAAAAACAAACCGUGUUGUCAAA